AUGUUGAUCAGUCAUGCAUGGGUCAUACGUAUUAUUAAGAAAUCUCAAUCAUCUCGUCAUAGUGAUUCAUCACAAAAUGUGGAGUCUAGUUUGCAAAUUAAGCGUACAGUGAUUCAGUUAGUGAUUACAACAGCAAUAAUGUCAUGUCAACAAGCUAUAUUACACUCGUUUGAAUGCAUAAGUCAAAUAUUAAUCAUAUGUGAAGUUGUGGUUUACACUUAUGGUACUCCGAUUGAACAAAUGGGUACAAUACUUAUAUUGUUUGGAUGUUCUUCUAAUCCAUGUAUUCUUAUCUUCAGCACAAGUACACUGAGAAGAUAUUUAUUGUCACUAAUCAAAGGUAAGAAACAAAAAAUGUCCAGUAUUGAAACAUACGGGCAAACAGAAUAUAAUCAGCACUAA